AUGUCACUCCUUACAGAUCUCAUCAACCUCAACCUUUCAGAUUACACGGACAAGAUCAUUGCCGAGUAUAUAUGGAUCGGAGGGUCUGGUCUGGACAUGAGGAGCAAAGCAAGGACUCUUCCAGGGCCAGUGAGUGAUCCCAGCGAGCUACCAAAGUGGAAUUAUGAUGGCUCCAGCACAGGCCAAGCUCCUGGGGCAGACAGUGAAGUGAUUCUGCACCCUCAGGCUGUCUAUAGAGAUCCUUUUAGGAGGGGAAACAACAUUCUUGUCAUGUGUGACUGUUACACCCCGGCUGGAGAUCCAAUCCCCACCAACAAAAGAUUUAAUGCGGCUAAGAUUUUUAGUCAUCCUGAUGUAGCUGCAGAGGAGCCUUGGUAUGGGAUUGAGCAGGAGUACACCCUCCUUCAAAAGGAUAUCAAUUGGCCCAUUGGCUGGCCACUGGGUGGCUUCCCUGGUCCUCAGGGGCCAUACUACUGCUCAGUCGGUGCCAACAAAUCAUUUGGUCGUGAUAUUGUUGAUUCCCAUUACAAAGCCUGCCUAUAUGCUGGGAUCAACAUCAGUGGCAUCAAUGGAGAGGUGAUGCCUGCUCAGUGGGAAUUCCAAGUCGGUCCAGUCGUCGGCAUCUCUGCGGGUGAUCAGUUGUGGAUUGCCCGGUACAUUCUCGAGCGGAUCACUGAAAUUGCUGGGGUGGUUCUUUCACUUGACCCAAAGCCUAUUCAGGGAGAUUGGAAUGGCGCUGGUGCCCACACAAAUUAUAGCACAAAAUCCAUGAGGGGUGAUGGGGGGUAUGAGAUGAUAAAGAAGGCCAUUGACAAGCUUAGCCACAGGCACGAGGAGCACAUUUCUUUCUAUGGCGAAGGCAACGAACGGCGCCUCGUUGGAAGCCAUGAAACUGCUGAUAUCAAGAAUUUCUCUUGGGGUGUUGCGAAUCGCGGCGCAUCAAUUCGUGUCGGUCGUGAAACUGAGAAGAAUGGCAAUGGUUACUUCGAGGAUAGGAGGCCUGCUUCAAAUAUGGAUCCCUAUAUUGUGACAUCCAUGAUUGCUGAGACAACCCUUCUCUGGAAGCCAUGACAAGAAGAAUUGAUAUCUAUGAUUGAACAUUUGUGCUUUAUUACUGAGUGGUUUUAUUAUAGACUUGUCUUGUCUUGUGAUGGAUUUAAUGGUUUUUUUCUCUUUCUUUGUUUUUUAUAUAGGAGGCAGAUGAAAAACAAUUG